AUGUUGCCUCUAGUUCAGAUGCACCAUACGGUGCCACAAGCGCCAAACUUCGAUCCCCUCCCGCCCUUCCAGCAGCCACAACAGCAGCAGCGCCAGCAGCAGCACCACCAGCCAGAAGACUACCUACCGCACCAGCAUAAUUACCAUCUACUCCCUCACUUCAGCACGCAUACUUUCAAUCAGAACUUACGCUGCCUGCCAGCCGGCUCGGCGAGCGCUGUUUUCCCUGACGGCAAGACGCCACGAUCCUUUCCAAUCCGGACUUCACACCCAAAUCAACCGAUUCAGCGCCGUACGACAGCCGCAGGCCAGUCGCAUUUCCUUGACGGACCGGAACACCAGUUGCGACGUAAGACGCCGAAUGGCACUAUUGAAGCUGGCUACGAUGGUUCUCAUGCUCAAUACGCCUCGAGGCCUCCGCCCCUGAAGCAGAUGGCGCUCCCGGCCGUUCAGAUGGCCUAUGAUAUGAACCGCCCUCAUCAGACAACCGACCAGAUCCGCAAUUCUCUACCUGUCCGUGAUCACGCAGGCAGUAGUUUGAACACGACGCCUACAACGUACCAACUAUGGCCCCUUGCACAGGACUUGACGCACCAGUCGAUGGCCUCUUCGCAAUAUGGGUUCAACACUCCAGAUACGGCUGCGCUAUUUGGCUCUACUCCUCAGCUUCAUUCACGGUCUACGCCGUUCAACACCAGCUCUUACUUUCUGGGAACUUUCCCUUCAGAAAAUGCCAUCCCAGGAAUACCACAUGUGGCCAACUCGUGGUUUCCGGCGCAUCAGCAAGAGCAGAGCUAUGUCGGCCCGCCGAUGCAUCAUACCCCGUCUCCAUCACCAUCAAUGUAUGACCAUCGUUACUCCCACGUGCAGAAUCAGAUGCUAGGACCAUCUGCCCACUUCACUCCGCCGGAUCCCUACGCUCACCUUUCGGCAUACGGAUCUGGCUUUCUGCAGCCAUCUCAAUGUCAUUUGGAGGCUCUAACGCUAGAACCGCACCAAGCUGUUAGCGCUGUUGAUUCCAUGAACAAGACACAUCCAUCCGCGUACAGAGAAAGAGUGUUAGCUCAAGCACACCGAAGCUAUGUUGAUUUACUCGCGCUCUUGCAUCACGGGCGCAAAACUCAGCAGUUGAGGCCCGGCUCAGCUCUGAGCACUACCUCGAGAAUGGUGGUAUAUCCCAAACCGCCCAAACAGCCCAUCGUCACCUUGGCCCCAGACCUCUUUUUUCCGGGAGACGCCGCUAUGAUGGCCAACGCAAACCUCCGGAACACACAAGACAAUAUGCUGUUCGGUUCCUUGGGAGAUAAAUCGUCGCUCCCAGCGCAUCACGUUGGCUGGAACGGGGUCACGGGUUUCCGGCACAGCAAUUUCCCGGUCGCGAACUCAAGUGGCUCCUUGUAUCCGAACCAGAUCUCGAGAGGCUCACCUCUGGCAAACGCUAAAAGCUCCCUAGAGACUCUCACCCGUGUAUGUGAGGUAACCGGAUGGAAAUGGAUUGAUGGUGUUCUACUGGGAGGCUGCUUACAUUACGGCCUGGAACACUUCGAGGAAGCCUUGGAAUGGUUCACCCGAAUCACUUCACUGGAGCCAAACCAUGUGGAAGCAGUGUCGAAUCAGGCAGCCACUUUGUACUGCCUCAACAGACAAGACGAGGCGGAGAAUUGCUGGUUGAAGGCGAUUAGAACUCGACCGCAAUAUCUUGAAGCAGUAGAGCAUCUGGUCGGUCUGCUGUACAAGAAGAAAAGUGUCGACGCGGUUGAUGUCAUCAGUUUUGUUCAAAAGUCUCUCAGGCUACCAAAGGGCUCAACAGGAGAGGCUGGCUAUGACGCUACCGCCGCCCGAAGAGAUGCUGCUUCUGGCUUGGCGACUAGCCUCCUUGACGAGAGCCAAACCCAACCUGGCUUUGGUUCGAGCGGUUAUGCCAUUCCAGGUACCGAGAAUGGACGCAUCCUCGCAUUAGUUCACGCCAAAGGGACAAUGCUGUACAGUCUGAAAGAUAUCGCGGGGGCGUCUGAAGCCUUUGAGGAAGCCGUCUUGAUCAGCGCAGGAAGAAGAACAGCUUCUGUCCAGACAUUGGUCCGACAGAUUCAGCAGGUUUUGGCACCAAACGGCAGCAAUCACCCCUUCAUCGACCCGGCGACGCCGUCUCGCCCCUUGUUACUGCCUCCUGAGCAGGCGAGGCGCACGGCAAAGCUGGUAUUUUCCAACAACGGCGAUCUCCCUGGCCUACGAUUUGUGCCUGAGGGCGGCCCUAAGCGAGCGGCAAUUCAAACUACGAGCAACUCGCUACUUUCUCUCGCCAAGAUAUUCCAGGAUGCCAUGUCCUCUGGAUCGCAGGCUGCGAGAUUGGUGAGGAAGUCGGCUGGCGUUGGUGACAUUCUCUCACUUUACUAUCUUUCACUGUCACUUCAAGAGAGCCCGUCUACGGCAAACAAUGUAGGCAUUCUACUUGCUAGUGUACAGCAGCCCAUGGCAGCUACUUCGAGUCAGACUUUGUCGUCAUUGCCUAGUAUUCCUGGCAUUACCCCUGGCAGCGGACUCGCUUUGGCUUUUGCGUACUAUAACUACGGACUCACACUGGAUCCGAAGCACGUUCACCUGCACACCAAUCUCGGUAGCCUUCUCAAGGACAUUGGACAGCUAGACCUUGCAAUUCAGAUGUAUGAGCAGGCAGUCCAGUGCGAUGGAAACUUUGAUAUCGCCUUGACAAACCUCGCAAAUGCCGUCAAGGAUCGGGGGCGUAUCAGCGAUGCAAUCACAUUCUACAAAAGGGCGGUUCACUCCAAUCCAGAAUUUGCAGAAGCAGUGUGCGGGCUAUCUACAGCCUUGAACUCGGUUUGCGACUGGAGAGGCCGAGGCGGCGCACUCCUACAGGGAGGCACGUACGAUCGCUGGCACGUCGACAAUGACGGCAUGUUUUUCGAUGCCACAAAGGAAGACCAAGGAUCCGGCCUAACGAAGAAGGUUGUUGACAUUGUGUCUCGCCAACUCGCCGACGCGUCAACUUGGGGCGUUGGCGUUUUACAAGAUAACGACAUUGCAUCGUUGGUUGCACAGCUAUGUUUGGCCGACGGGAAAUCAACAGACGCCCAUUCCGACUUCUCGGCAAAGCUACUCAGCUGGUCCAAGAAUCCUUGGGAAGGAUCGCGUCUCUUGAGGCUCGUGGAGCGUGGUGCACGGGCAGCGAUGCGGCGAUGGUAUUGCGACAAGUAUGUUCGGGGCUCAGUGAAGUCAACCUCGGAGUACAUGCGUCCUCAGUUGCCAUCCACCCUCGCUGUACCGUCCGCUCCAACAGUCCUACCAUUCCAUACCUUCACCUGCCCCUUGACAGCGAAGGACAUUCGUAUGAUAUCGCAACGCAAUGCCUUCAGGAUCUCCUGUUCGACACUUCGCUCCCCCUGGCUUCCAAAAACUGUCUACCCCCCACCUGCGCCGCCAUCGCCUCGCCUUAAUGUUGGCUAUGUUUCCUCAGAUUUCAAUAACCAUCCCUUGGCUCACCUUAUGCAAUCUGUUUUCGGAUUUCACGAUACCACUCGCGUAAAAGCAUUCUGUUAUGCUACGACAGCGAGUGAUAAAUCUGUUCAUCGGCUGCAGAUUGAACGUGAAGCGCCAGUGUUCCGAGAUGCCAGCACAUGGACUUCGGACAAGUUAGUGGAGCAAAUCGUUCAAGACAAUAUUCACAUCCUUGUCAACUUGAAUGGCUAUACUAGAGGUGCUCGCAACGAAAUCUUUGCUGCGAGACCAGCCCCGAUCCAAAUGUCCUUCAUGGGCUUUGCCGGCAGCUUAGGUGCCGAGUGGUGUGACUAUCUGCUUGCAGAUGCCACAGCCAUCCCCCCGGAGACACUACGCCCUUGGCGUGGUAAUCUCUCUGUCAGAGACAUUUUUGAGGACAAAACUGAAGAAGGCGAUGGAGGAUGGAUCUACUCGGAGAACAUCGUGUUCUGUAAGGACACUUUCUUUUGCUGUGACCAUGCGCAGUCGAGCGACCCCGAUGAACAUAAAGUUUCAUGGGAAGAUGAGCAGCGCCGACGGUGGGGUAUGCGGAAAGAGCUGUUUCCCAGUCUACCCGACGAUACUGUUAUCAUGGGAAACUUCAAUCAGCUAUACAAGAUCGACCCUACAACGUUUCGGACGUGGCUACGCAUCCUGGCACAGGCCCCCAAGGCCAUCCUAUGGCUCUUACGAUUCCCCGAGCUGGGAGAAACGAAUCUUAGGAGGACGGCGAAGGCCUGGGCUGGGGAAGAAGUUGCUAAUCGAAUCAUUUUUACGGACGUGGCGCCGAAGAACCAGCAUAUAUCCCGAGCUCGCGUCUGCGAUUUAUUCCUCGACACUCCCGAAUGCAACGCGCAUACCACGGCCGCAGAUGUAUUGUGGUCUAGUACACCUCUCCUAACACUACCACGAUACCCCUACAAGAUGUGUUCGCGUAUGGCGGCGUCGAUUUUGAAGGGCGCGCUGCCCAAAGGUCCCGAAGGGGCCGAGGCAGCGAAAGACCUCAUCGCCGGCAGUGAAGAGGACUACGAGCUCUUUGCCAUCAGAUUAGCGAAUGGCUUAUCCUAUCAAAUCGGCCGUGGUGGCUAUGGCGAAGGCAGGGGUCGCUUGGCAACCUUGCGUAAAACACUCUGGGACAGCAAAUGGACGUGUGCACUUUUCGAUACCAGACGAUGGGUGGUUGAUCUAGAGACGGCCUACGACGAGGCGUGGCGACGCUGGGUGGCAGGAGAGGACGGAGAUAUCUACUUGUAG